UUUUCUUUAUCAUUUAACUCCAUCUCAAGCAACUAAAUUUUCACAACUCAAAUAUCAAACAAAAAAAAACAACUAUGAACUAACUAAUCUAAGUUGUCAAUAGAAAAAAAAACCAGUUCUAAAACUUAUUUCACGUUGUAUUAUAUUCAGUUGUCACCCGGUUGCAUAUUUUUGUUUCUUCUAUAGUUUAAACAUUUUCCUUUGUGUUUAUGUUCAUGUUGUUUUGUUUCAUAAGUGUAUUUGAUACCUUUCAUUUCAUUCGUUCUAUUGCAUCGAUCUGAAAGGCUUCAUCAGUUGAUGUCUUUUUCAGUUUGUUAAUUUCCAUAAACCAUGACUAUUAUUUUCGUACGAUCCUUAUUUUGUUUGUUCACUUAUUUUUAUUCUCCCAGUUGUUUUAGUCUGCUUAGAAGUUCAUCAAUGUCAUGCCUUGAGUCCAUAUUUGCAUCUACUUACUUUCAAUUUGCUCAUGUUCAACAGCAGCAUCAUUACUAGCAGCAACAAAGUGUUGUUUUGUUGUUGUCUCUUGUUUGUGAAAUAUCUAGAGGAGUCUGUUUAGAUACCGUAAUUGGAAUUUCUUACGUAUUGUCCUUCUGCCAUCUGUUUGUUUGUUUGAUUGUUUGUUUUAUUUACCUUUGUUUGACCGUAUUAUUAUGUAACACCAAUUCCUUCGAAUGGUUAUUUCGAUAUUGAUUACGCAAAACUGAACUAAAAACUUACUAUAAAAAAUCUAUUUUGAUUAUGCCUUAUAGCGUAACUCUAGUAUCUUGGUGAUAUGUUUAGCAAGUUUGUUAGCCACUACUCAGCAUUUACUUUAACAGCAGAAGGAUAUUUAUUUUAUUAUCUUUUUUUAUAUAUGAUUAUAUCUUAUCACUCUGAGGCUUUGUGUUUGUAUGUCUUGUUUAUUGUUAUUAUUGCUGUGUUUUGUGGUUAAUUUCAACAUUUGUUUUUAGUUACAGUUACUCAAACUGAAGCACUGAAUUUGUUUUUAUUGGCUCAACACUAAACUCUAAUUACAAGAGAAAUAAACCCGAGAAACAGCUGUGAACCAAACAACAACCAGAUAUAAAGCGUUGUUCAAUGCUUUAUUGUGUUAACUGUUUAUCAACGCCAAUGUUCUCGCAUUUGGUUGUUACUUUCUUUACAAUUGUUUCUCAGUUUUACUCGUGAAAUAUUAUGUUAAUUAAUUUUCCAAUACAUUCCUUUCGUUUCUUCUAGUUCUCAAAUCGUUUACCCUUUACGUUUGUUUAAUUAGUUGUUCUGUAUAAACUUUGGGUUUAUCUACUACAUAUAUGUACGAAAUUUUUACAAAAAUAUUGGAAUCAACUAUUGGAAUAAUAUUUGCAAUUUCUCGUAACAUUUGUUUUAAUUCACAAUAAGUUUCCCUUAUCUUUAAUUCGUUUAAUUUACCCUGAUGAAUUAUUCUUUUUAAAAAGCUUCCAAAUAAUUUAGUAGAUCGUCAUUAUAUUUUCAACCAACUAAUUCUGGUUUUUGAUUUGGAAUGCUCUUGUUCGAUUCUUCGGUUUCUUACCAGUCUUUCGUUUUUUUUUUUUCUAGGGAGCUGAUGGUGCCUCAUGUAAUUGAUUGAUUGUGGUCUGUUAGCUGCUUGCCUUCUUGAUCGAAAAAAACGUUAUGAGAUAUUUCGUAUUGCAUCCUUAGCGAAACAUUUUUCAUGAGAUUGAAACCUAAGCACAGCACACCGGUGCCGGUUUGAAGUUGUCUAGAGAUGUUGUUUAGAAUCGAAAUGAUAUACACACAAUAUGGCCAGCAGUAUCUUUUGAACUAAAUUUCGACUACUACUAGCGAACUUUUGUAUGAUUUGACUCCUCCGUGUCUUAGGUAUUUCUUCUUUUUAGUGUUAACGAUCCUUCUUGCAAGAAUGUUACGUUAUAGUUUGCUUGUUUGGUGUUUUUACUUACCUUUCCUUGGUUUGUUUGUUUUCAUACACCACAGUUGAAAGUGUUUCUUUCGGUUAGGUGAAACAAAGAAUAAUAAUUAUACCAAUCACGAUAGAGGUGAUUAAAACUAUAACAAAACACACGAAAUACAAACUCUCCUUCAAAUAAACAGCCUGAAAGCGAUACAAAAAUGCGCUAAAGUUGCUUCUCUGCCAUAAACGAUUGGACUGUAAUUGAAUUCUUGUUUUCUUAGAUGAUAAUUGGACACGAAUUGUUUGAUGGAAAGUAGUGAGUGUUACGAUCUUAACAUGAAAUCAAAAAUUAUAACAUGAUCGACUUCUGGUAAAUGUGUUUCAAUGGGAGGACUCCUUGGGUCCAUGGGAGGUUAGCACAUUAUAAUGGAGACAGUAGUUAGUGUGAAAAUAGUAGCUUGAAAACGCAUUUGAUUUAAAAAGAAAAGAAUACACUUUAGAUUAUACCAAGAAAAUUAAAAUAUAAACUUUUCAUGUUGAUUUGCCUGAAGCACAUUUUGGUAUUCCAUACUACGUUCUUUUACAACGAACAUGUGCUAUCGUUGUGAUCAAGUGACAUAUGUAUUAAUGACAUUUUUAAGCUGGAAAACUUACCGAUCUUAUGUUUGGUAGUGAGAUUGUUUCAAAUAGUUCAAAGGCAGUGCGGCCGUCGUUUUGGUAAACUUUUUCCGAGUGAGAAAUGUUUCGAUCGUUUGCAUUUUUGGUAGAACAUGUUUUUGUGCGAUUCAGUACAACUGCUCAUCCAAGGCAUUUAUUAGUUUAUCUUUACCAUAUUGGCAUCAUUAAUGACACUUAAUUGUUUACCUUUUACUUAUAUACUUAUCUCCGUUCACACUAGCUGUAUUCAGUCUACCCAUAAGUGACGGGGUGUGACAUUCCAAAUUUGGAUUUUUGUUUUAAUUUAUAAAAUAUAGCAGAACAAAAACAUUGAUAAUUGCAAGCAAAUAAUUCGAUAGUGGCUUUAUUAUUUAAAAUAAAAUCCUUCAUGAUUAUCGAUCUGCAUGGUUACGUGAGGAAUGUUUAGGAUAAUUUUGGACUUAAGACUUGACACUUCUCUUCCCACUUCUUCCUCUUGGUACCAAUAUCAAUCGAAACUAUUGCCAAUCGCCGUUCCCUAGCAACGGCAUCCGUACGAAGAAUAAUCAUAAAGAAUGAAAAAUAAAAAAUCUAAAAAUUGUCUUCUUUAAUACUUUUUUUCUCUGUACAUCAUUUCCUCUACUUUCGAUGCUAAACUGUUUAGUUCUCAUUUCUGCUACAACUUUCUAUCUUUCUUUCCCCUUUUCUAUUCUCCCACAUACUAUGUUUACUUUGCUGUCAUAAUCUCUUUCUCUUUUUUACACCUUCCUGAAUGGAUCUUAACGUAUUCCUUAUUGAUUUUUUAAGGUUAGCUAUCGUCUCGAGAAUCGCUCAGUGAUUGAUGAAUUUGAAGCGCCAACAUGGUUGACCUGCGGCAUAUGGAUGAAAAGUCGGGAAGUAACAUCGUAGACGUCGGGGUCGAUCUGUCCGAGUUUUACAUGUCGGUCGAGUGGGAUAUCUUGGAAGUGCCCGCUGUCAGGAACGAAAAGUUCUACACCUGCUGCGAUGAGCCGUACUUGGACAUCACGUUCAACAUUACCAUGCGCCGAAAGACGCUGUUCUACACCGUCAACAUCAUCAUCCCGUGCAUGGGCAUAUCGUUUUUAACCGUGCUGACGUUCUACCUACCUUCGGACAGUGGCGAAAAGGUUACGCUUUCGAUAUCGAUUUUGAUUAGCCUUCACGUGUUCUUUUUGCUGGUAGUCGAAAUCAUACCGCCAACGUCGCUAGUUGUGCCUUUGUUAGGGAAGUAUCUCAUCUUUGCCAUGAUACUUGUGUCCAUUAGUAUAUGCGUCACGGUAGUGGUGUUGAACGUUCAUUUCCGGUCACCUCAAACUCAUCGAAUGGCACCGUGGGUGAAAACAUUUUUUAUCGACUUUUUACCACGAUUCCUGUUUAUGAAGCGGCCACCGUACAUCGAAAACCACAGAAAACUGCUAUCCAAAGACCUACACGCUUGCUUUUAUCCUUAUUACUCGACUACUACAUUAAAUCGUAUAGCUCGUUUUACUAAUAGGGCUCCAUCUAAAGAAGAUCUUUCUCCGUCAAGUUUGUCAGGUACGGGCCCGUUCGGUGGAAGCUGCCAGAUACACGGACCGAUUCAGCUGCCCCAUUCGGAGUCGGAGGAGCUGUCGAUGUCGACGGCGGCCGAUACGGCCGUCCCGUCCGGCAUCAAGAGUCCCGCGUUCAAGCAGCCCGCCUUCUCACACUCCGUCUGCUCGACCGAGGUGCACCGCAGCUGCUUCUGCGUGCGGUUCAUCGCCGAGCACACCAAAAUGCUGGAAGACUCGACAAAGGUAAAGGAAGACUGGAAGUACGUCGCCAUGGUGCUCGAUCGACUGUUUCUGUGGAUCUUCACGCUGGCGGUGCUGGCCGGCACGGCCGGCAUCAUACUGCAGGCACCGACGCUGUACGACGACCGGAUACCGAUCGACAAGACGUUCGACGAGCUGGCCACAUCGACCGUCGUGCGCUGUCCCCCGCAAUAACGCUCGCCGGCACUGUUGCAGCUACCGGUCGGCUUCAGUUUCGGGUGCGGGCUGCUGCUCGUGUGUGCCGCGGCCCUCAGUAGCUGCCUUUUCAUGUACGCCCGGCUGCGGGUCGCACGGUGCAGCCUGCCGGCCAAACCGAGCCUGGACCUGGACGUGGCGAAGCAGGUGGGCCGCAUGGUAGGAACGGACCACCACCAUCACCACCAGGAACCAAGCAGUGUGGCGGUAGAGCGGUGAAGAGUGUAGCCUGUCCACCGGAGUGUCUGUCAUGCAGUCGUUUACCCUGCCAUCCUGGCCUUUCCUCAGCAAUCUAGCAAACAACAGAACGCUAGACCGUCAGUCAUCUAGAGGGCGCUCCACACAGCUCCCGGCAACAGUUGUAGCACGGGAUCAGUUUUACAUUUUGCGUUCAUCUUUCACUACCGGUACGUACCACUACCGAUUGGCACUGAGUGUUUCAGCGAGCAGGGAGGGACACGAACGGUCGAUCGCUGUGGUGCUGAACGCCACUGCAGUUUUUAGCUUAUUUCGACUGUACAUAUUUCACACGGUGACAUGUGACACGACUCUGCGAGGAGAGGCAGCAUGAAAGCAUCGAAGCGCGCAUUAAAGCAAGCAUAUAACAGCCGACAAAAUUUAUCAGCAAAACAAAAAAAAGGUAGAUAACUACACUCACAUCCGUAAGCAUAACAAAACACACACGUCAAACAGUAUUAUAUAGAUACAGAUAAUAACUACAAGAGUUAACAUUUAAGAGUAAGGUUUAAACGAGUAGAAUUUUUAUGUCUAUAAAGAAUAAUACCAAACAAAAAAAAAGAGAGGGAGACAAGAGCAAGAGAAAAACGGGACAAGUGAAAUGCAAUAUUUUUUUAUCGAACUAUGCACAAAAAAGCAACAAAAAAAAUUGCCCCUGGCCGGAAACUUUUCCGGGCCAGAUUUGACAGCGGACAAGCUUCAUUUUACACACGUGACGUAGGAAACAUGUAACGAAAAAAAACAAGCAAACAAACAAAACAAAUUAUUAACGAUGAAAUAAUAAUAAUGAAAACAUACACACAAACACUGCUGACACAAAUUUCGGAUAUUUCUUGAAAAGAGAAACCGGUUAGAGCGAAAUAGAGGUGUUUAACCAAUAAUCGAAAAACAGAAAGAGAUCUACAAAA